AUGAGAAUGAUAAAAAACCUAAGAAUAUUUAUUUCACCCAUUAUAUGGGUUAUAUUAUUAAUACAACAACAAUUAACAAAAAGUUCCUAUUUAGACAUAAAAAUAUUAAAUGAUGAUUUUUUUAAUGAUUUAAUGCAACCUAUGUUUACAGGAGUGGGAAAUCAUUUAACUAUUAAUGAUAAUUAUAAAUUAAAUAAAAGGAAUAAAAAAAAUAAUCCAAUUCAAGAUGAUAUAACUAUAUUAACAAAUAUGCUAGCCGAAAUAAUACCUGCCGCUUAUUCAAUUUAUUCCUUAGAUAUAACUGAAGAAUUAAAAAAGAAUAAGGGUAAUAUGACAAGCUCAGAUAAUAUAAAAAUUAUAAAGGGUAGUAAUAAAACCUUAGCCAAUGAUUAUGUGCAUUUUCUAAAUUUUUAUGAUUUUGUGAAUAUAUAUGAUAAAGAAAUAAAUAAUGCUAUUUCAAAGAAUUUUAAUACAAUAAAACCAAUAAAAGGGUGUGAAGAAGAUAUAAAAAAUCACAAUUGUCAUAAAGAUAAUGUAUUAAAAUGUAUUACUUUAAAAAAAAAAAAUUUAUCAGAAAGAUGUAAAAAAUCUUUAAAUAAUUCUUUAUUAUAUUCAUGCUCUGAUGUUAUUAAUAAAUACUGUGACGAUUUUUCAAAAUUUUCUAUAGUUCAUAAAUGUUUAAAGCAAAAUUAUAACCAUUUAAAUAAUAAUUGCAUAAAUUUAUUAAGUUAUUAUGAAAGCAUAAUGCAAAAAUUACAUAAAAUAAAAAACAAGCCCUAUAAUAAUCACGGCCACUUCAUUUUAGAAAAAACAAAAGAAAAAGAUAACACAUCACACAUUAAUGAUAUGUCAUCUCCAAUUUCCGGUGUUGCAAAAUUGAAUAAUAACAAUAAUAAUCAUAAUAAUAAAAAUAAUAUGCUUAACCAUGAUUUAAAUAUUCCUGUAGAAGGGUUUUCUGAAAAACUUAGAAAAAGGUAUGGAUAUUAUAUACAUCAACCGAUAAAUUAUAGUAGCAUAUUAAAUUUUAAUUUCCCAAGUUAUCAAUUUAAAUACUUUUUAUAUUUUAUUGGGUUGUUAUUUUUUUCAUUCUUAUUAUAUAUAUUAUUCAUAUCCAUUAAAAAAUAUAGUAUGGUUGACAAAAAAUACAUAUUCAAUAAGCGUGAUAAUUCAAAAAUAAUAUAG